AUGGCGACUCCAGAGCAGCGAUCCGUACGCCUUCAUGUUCAUCUUCGCAACCCCGAUAAUGCCCCAGCUUCUAAAUUUUGGUUGCCUUGUCUCGAAAUCCCCAUUGACAGACUGACCGAGUUAUCAUCAAAACCGUACAGAUGGUUGUGCUAUGCCGGCUACUGCAUCAUGGGUGUUGAAGGCAGCCUGUCUUUUUCUCCUACAGACUUGGGUCGAGUAGGGUUUGACUACGAUGCCCCUUUCGAAUCUACCCUUACUUGUGGCCUCUACUUCCAUCCCGGCGGUCCAAUAUUUCCCAUCGACCCCGACUUUGAAGAGGGAUCUGUCACCACUCUUUCUGAAGACCAGUCGUCUACUUUCAGGACAUCAAUUAUCGAGCGCGAUGGAACUUGCAUUGUCACUAACAACCCACCUCCUUAUUGUGAGGCUGUGCAUCUAAUUAGGCAGAGCAAGGGAAGUGAGUACAUUGAAAGGUUCACACAGCGACGAGGCGAUGGGCCCGGGGAUAUCAUCACUGACAUCGACGAUCCGCGAAACGGCUUGCUGGUUAACCGGAUGUUACAUGUUGCGUUUGGCCAUAGUGUUGCCAUACUUCUGACUCCUAACUUCAUCAUGAAAACAACAGACGUAGUUCCGGGGGCCGCGCCAGAUGAACCUCGGUGGACCGUACAAGAUUUCGCUGAACCUACAACUAGAACGGCUAAUCUCCGUGCCUGGAUUUCAGCUGGUCAAGCUGUCCGUACACCUCCUCGCGGUACCCAAUGGCCACCUCACUGUCUGUUCGCUGCAGUAUAUGCUUCAGCGCUCAUCACGACAUGGCCUAUGAAGGAAUUUUUGACGCAGGUCAGAUCGAUGUGGAUGGACACUUUCUAUCCCAAGAGUAGUGGCAGGGAUCAGGAAAAGGCUGAGCGGCGCAAAAGGAAGGCUGAGAGGGAGAGAGAGAACAGACACGAUCGUAUGCUGGGAGAUGAGGUUGAUGUGUUCGAUGUCCUUCUCAUGUUGCGGGAGAUAGGUGCCUACCGUGACAACAUGGCUGGUGAUUCCGUCCCCCAGCCAUCCUCUGCUGAUGAAAGUGUGCAGGAGAAGGUCCUUCCUUGGCUUCAAGGCAUCCAUUAA